GAGUGAGUUCUAAGCUGGCAUCUGUUCAGAUCGGGUAAAGCCCGUUUUUGCUCGGUUACUAAACAUUCGGUUUUAUAGCUACUCUCCGCUCGCAGGUGAAGCCUCUAGCCACUAAGGCCCACACUGCAACAGCAGCAGCUGCAGCAGCCGGCCGGCUCUGAGUACUUAUUUAAUGGCUUGCAUCGGACCGAGAACUGGCAGAAAGUUUUUGAUUCUCGUGUGACUCGUGCAGUUCUGGUGGCUGUCGUACCUUGAAAACACACUCAAAAUAAAAAAAAAAGUAAAUAAACAACGGCGAAAGGGUUCUAAGGUCUAACGAACCAACCAAAAUCAGGGUCAUUACGGACGACGAAACGUGCUUGAAACGCGUGGCGCCGACGGAGAAACGUGACACAUCUCAGUGUGAAGCAAUAACUGAUUCGGUCCAGGUGUGUGAUAUUGAUUUUUUCGAUCGCAGCAGUGAACGGAGAGAGCAAAAUGAUGACUUCGAAAGUUCAACUGAUCGUGGUUUUACUGGUCGCGGUGGGGCUGGAAAAUUGCAGCCCGAUGUCGUUCGACGUGAAACCCGAGUUCAUCAGAACGUGUCGCUUUUCGGACCCGGACUUUGUUGGAUGCUCAACGAAUUCCGUUCAGGGAUUGUUUGACAAGUUGGUUACCGGAAUCGAAGGACUGGAGCACGUGGGAACGAUCGAUCCGAUGAAGAUCAACAAAAUCCGCAUCCUGCAGGGCGACGGCCCGGUCAGUGUGAACGCAUCGCUCUCGAGGGUUAUUGUAACCGGCUUCGCCAAUACGAAAAUUUCCACCCAUAGAGUCGACAGCAAGGACUUCAGCUGGGACACGCACAUUGCGCUGCCGAAGAUGCGCAUCGAGGGGAACUACCACAUGCAGGGACGGAUUCUGGUGAUACCGCUGAACGGCCACGGCAAAUGUUGGUUCGAACCAAGUGAUAUGGACAUCAUAAUGAAGACGACGACUACCUUGUACGAGCGGGAUGGUCAUGUUUUCUACAAUGUCACUGGAAGCAAGGUGGACUACACGAUUUCCGGCCUGAAGCUGCACAUGGGCAAUCUGUUCGAGGGAGUGAAGGUCCUGGAGGACAGCACCAACCAGUAUCUGAAUGACAACUGGCGACCGGUUUCGGAAGCGCUCAAGCCGAUCAUCGCUAAAACCAUCGAGGACAUCCUGCUGGCCAUCAUGCAGAGCAUCUUCCACCAGCUUCCGGCGGAGUAUUUCGUCGCGGAUUUACCGCGUUCCGGGCAAUAGAAACACAGUUGUUUUAUUUUACUGUUUUUUUUUCUGUAAAUAAACCUCAUAAUUUCCC